AUGGAUGCGCGGACACGGGGCGGGACCCCCGACCACACACCACUCCUUCAGGUCCCUCAAGGGGAGAACAAGAAACAGAGAGAGGAGAGAAAGGGCAAAGAGGGAAGGAGACGCACACAAACCCACACCAGCGUAAACACUACACAGGGACACAAAAGCGACAGCACACCCCAAACCACAACACGAAACAACUGCUCACGACCAACACCGAAACCCACAACUAUAACAAGAGCAACCAAGAAAGGACACAGACCAGUAAUGGAGAGG